AUGGGAAGUGCAGGGACGAUCAGAGUGUCUAAUCUGCAUCCAAAAAUUAGAUUUAAGGAUGUGCUGGAGCUAUUCGAGGUGUUUGGAUGUAUAACACGCUUCUGUGUGGAUGGCGAUGCGUUUCUGUUGAGGUUCGAUGCGUUUCCAGAUGCAUGCCUGCUGAUGAACAGUUUCCCGCUUGCUCACAGAAGGAUAGUUGUUCAAGCAUGCGAUCAAGACUGCCAAGACAGCAUCUGCGAUGGAAAUACAGUUGUUUUUACGGAUGAUAUUGGGUUAGAUGACGUACGCGAUGAGUGCUGUAUGUUUGGAGAAGUGGCUGAGGUUGUGAAGAGGGAUGACGGAAUACAUGUUGUCUGUAAGAGUGCUAUAGAUGCAAGGAAUGUGUUUAUGAACAUGUAUGGGAGAUACUACAAUGAUGAGAGAAUCAGGUGCAGGGUAGUAUCAGAGAAAAAUGGCAAUCAAUAA